UGUUUACUGCUGAUUAUACAAACGGUCAUAGUAGCGAGAUGCUGAUUCAUGAGUGGGAUGAGGUGAAUGGGCUGCGGCCGUCAUGACGGGCAUGAAUGAACCGAGGACGAAGAAGGAGACAAGUGUGCACUCUCCCUCCUUGUUCUCCUCUGUCCACGCGCGCACACACACACACCCUCCUUUGUUGAAACACGCACGGGAGGAGGAGAGUGACGAGGAAAAAAAAAAAAAAAAAAUGAAGUCAAUUAUACAACACACCGGCGGCUUCUCCCUCCGCCUCUCCCUCCUCUUCCCCAUCCCCACUACUACAGCUGGUGGCUCCACAUGCGCCGCGGCGCUCCGUAGCCUGCAGCGGGCACACCGGCUCCAGUCCGUCGGCAUGUCGGCCGGUGACUCCGAGGGGACGGCGGACAGGCCAGAAGAGGAUGAAGGGCCGAAGCAAGUGGGCCCGUCGCUGCCAGCUGUCGAGCUGCCAAGGAAACGAAAGGGAGAUGUGGAGGAGAGGUCAGACGCCCAUGUACAAUCCUACAGGCAAAGCCUUGACUUCCAAAUGGAGGAUGACCUCAGCAGAUCUGAAGGAGAGGAUCAGCAAGUCAAACUUAAAUGCUUCAGGGAGCCUCACCGGCAGAUCGAGAAGCGGCGAAGGGAUAAAAUGAACAACCUCAUUGACGAGCUGUCAGCCAUGAUCCCCGCCUGUCAGCCCUUGACCCGAAGACUGGACAAGCUCACUGUGCUGAGGAAGGCCGUCCAACACCUGAAGGCCCUCAAAGCUGGGCCGAGCGGCGCCUUCACAGACACCAACCACAAGCCUUCCAUCCUUCCUCAAGAUGACCUCAGGCACCUUCUGCUCAGCGCUGCAGACGGCUUCCUGUUAGUUGUAAGUUGUGACCGGGCAAAAAUCGUCUUCCUCUCCGAGUCCGUCUCCAAGAUCCUCAACUUUAGCCGGUUGGAGCUGACUGGGCAGAGCCUGUUCGAUUUCAUCCACCCCAAAGACAUCAACAAGGUGAAGGAACAGCUGUCGUCUUCAGAGCUGCACCCUCGCCAACGCCUCAUCGAUGCAGCAACUGGAUCUCAGAUGCAGGCCGACAGCCCCGUCAGGGCGUCCAACUUGUCCACUGGGGCUCGGCGAGCCUUCUUCUGUCGCAUGAAGCACAGUCGGCUGGCAGGCAACCACGAAGAAAAACGCCCCAUGCCCAAUUCUUUCAAAAAGAAAGACUCUUACAGGUACUGUACCCUCCACUGCACUGGAUACAUGCGGAGUUGGCCGAGCAGCCAGAUGGGCUUGGAGGGAGAGGCCGAGAAAGAAACCUCAUGUCUGACCUGUCUGGUGAUGGUGUGUCGCCUCCACCCCCACGUGUCCCACCACCAACCCAAAGACAUCACCAUCAAGUCCACCGAGUUUGUCACCCGCUGUGCGCUCGACGGCAAGUUCACUUUUGUAGACCAACAAGCCACGACUGUCAUAGGUUAUCUGCCGCAGGAAGUUCUCGGCACGUCGUGUUACGAGUACUUCCACCAGGACGACCUGCAGCACCUCGCAGAGACACACAGGCAAGUUCUUCGAAGCAAAGAGAAGAUUGAGACGCAGCGCUACAAGUUCAAAACAAAACAUGGCUCCUAUGUCUCGCUUCAGAGUCAGUGGUUUAGUUUCACAAAUCCAUGGACCAAAGAAGUUGAGUUUAUCGUGUCUUCAAACAGGGUCAUCUCCAGGGGGCCUGGUCACACAAAAGAUGAGGAGGCCGGAGUCUCAAAAGCACUUCAAGAAGACACAAAACAAAUACCCAUAAUUCCCGGCCUUUCUAGUGGUUUGGGUACAAUGAUCUACGCAGGAAGUAUAGGGACCCAAAUCGCAAAUGAGCUCAUCGACUCCUACAGGAUGAACUCCUCUCCAUCAAGCGGAGCUUCCAGUCCCUUUGGCCCGGCCCAGGAGAAAGGUCCACUGGUUUCCCCUCAAACCAGCAGGAGUGCGUCCAGCAGAGAGGACACAGCAGGCAGUUCGUCACAGUCUCAGUCUGACUCGAGGACGGCAGAGGGCAUGAGCAGUGCAACGUCUGAGAGCACAGCAGGUGAACCGUCCCAGCUAGACUUGGACAACAUGGUGGUGCCAGGCCUGAGCAGCUUUAGCAACGAUGAGGCAGCCAUGGCGGUCAUCCUGAGCCUGCUGGAGACGGAUGUAAACAUGGGUCAGUCGGGUCAAUUUGAGGACUUACACUGGCCUUUUUAGCGGGCACGCUGACUGUCCGCCCCUCGACGUGCUCUUGUGCCGUUUUCUUGCCAUUUGCCAAGAACAUGGGCGAUCAGUCGUUACAUUUUGUGACCGACUGAUCUGAAGUCGCACAACUGAACCCACUGGUGUCAAGAGAUAUGCUGGCUGCAGACACAAGAUGGGAAACUCAACCAUAGAGGACAUGUGACUUCAGUGUGGAUGAUGCUAGAGCAUAAAGAUUAUUUGGCGAGGCAUUUUGUUUCAGAUGAUUCUAUUCUAUUCUUCUUGCUUGAAUAAAUCCUCAGCUGAAUAAAUAUUGAGAUCACAAAACUGAGUAAACUUCCACUUCAAGUCGACAACUACAAAUUUGUAAUAUAAAUUGUCUUUGCAUAGAAGUAAAACUACAUUGAAAGCUGUUAAAAUAACUUAUGAAUGUGUCAUAGAAACAAAUGCAUCUGCUGUGAGUGUCACAAGUCCUGCAUGGGUUAGGGCCACCAUCUUGUGUCAACAGUGCGAACCCCCCCCCCUCCACUAGACUUUUACCAAAAGCUGCAACACGUCGUACUUGAGGAAACCAGAUGUCGGGAUUGACGUUUCAAGUCAAUAGCUUCUGGUAAGACUGUGACUUCUUCAGUGACACUUCAGUAUCUUAAUGGGGGAAUCUCGCUCUCAGCCUUUCCACAGCAGCCUAUUCACUCUGCUGCCCCCCCUCCACCCCCUAAUGAGUCACCAAGGUCUGGAGGAGAAUCCAGCUCCCACCGUACUUAGUGCUGCUAGAAAAACUCUUUGUGGAAAGCUUGUGGGAGCCUUGGUACCCAGCGAUGACGCACAUGUGGUCUGAUUGUUCCAUCUCUUUUAAAGAUCCCACAUUUUAGUGCUGAAAAAAAAUCUACCCCUCCUGAUUUAAAAUUGGGGAGCUACACUUGCACAGAGUGUAUCAGGAAAUACAAGCCCAGGUAAGUCUCACACUAUUGAGUAUGCAAAGUUGGAACUGGUCGUUGCAGAACUGUUAAGAUCUAUUUUAAAAUUACUGUUCGCCCAAAUGUUUUCACUCAUAACUUAAAGGUCCAGUGUGUCAGAUUUAGGUGAAAGGGAUCUAUUGGCAGAA